UGCCGUUAGCCGUCAAGUAUGUCUAACAUAUAUCUGCGGGUGGGUGAUACUAGCGCCAUUUCGACGCUUGUUCCGCGCAUGAUCUGAUGACUGAUCGUCUGCUAUUACUAUUAUUUGGCAUUUGUCGUAACAGCAUUUUAUACUUGCGUGUACAGUGACUGUUCAAUGCAAUCAGUUGUGAAAUAAAAUGCUACAUAAUAAUAACGCUUGUAAAAGAAAGUAAAUUGUGCUGGCAAAAUUGCAAAUUUGCGCAAGUAUAGUGUAUUCCUGUACGUUUUACAAGGAAACAAUGUAGUUUUUUGAGGUUAUAGAAAGAUGAAAGGAGGUAAACAAACACAUAUUUUUAUAGUAAAAGUGGCAUACAAAAGUACUAAUAAACUUCAGAGUGGUAUAUCAUGGAAGGCAUUAAGAAUAAGAAUGAAAGUAAUAAUGAACUUCAUAAUGCUAUUAUAGAAGGCAAUACCGAGAAAGUUAUUCAAUGUUUAAAAUCUCAAACUAUCGAUAUCAACAGCAUAAUAGGAAAAGAUUCUUAUUUAGAUGUUGCAAUCAAGUCACAAAAUUUAGAAGUCAUAAAACUUUUAUUACAAGCCAAUGCUGUUGUUCCAGCCUCACUUAUACCUUCAUUUGAUGAUGCGAAUAAGGAAAUUAUAAAAUUAUUACUAGCUCAUACAGUUGACAUUGAAAAAACAGAUUCUAAUGGAAUGACAUAUUUACAUUUAGCUGUUAAAAACAAUUUACCAGAUAUUGUUGAGCUUUUGUUAAGUAAGGGAUCAAAUAUCUAUGCUAAAACAGUUUUAAAGCAGACAGCCAUGCACAUAGCUUGUCAAGAAAAAAACAUCACAAUGAUAUUAUUAUUAAAUCGUCACAUGAAUCUAUUUCCUAUAAAAAAUGGAGAGAAAGAAACUGCUUUACAUUUUGCAUUGAAUUUUGAAGAUUUGAGCAUCGUAAAACUUCUUGUACAGGAAGGUGCUCGUAUUAAUGCAAGUAACAAAUUUGGCUUAACAGCAUUGCAUCUAGCUAUUUUGAAAAAAAAACUUGAUAUUGUGCAAUAUCUAAUUAAGUCUGGUGCGGAUGUUAAUUUUGCAACUAAUGAUAAAAGGGUUCCUUUACAUAUGGCAGCAGAGUGUGGCUCUGUAGAAAUGGUAAAAAUACUUUUGGAAAAUGGAGCAAUUGUAAAUAAAAAAACAGAAUUUGGUAUAACUCCUCUUCACACUGCUGUUUUUACACGUAGAAAAGAAAUAGUAGAACUUUUCGUUGAUGCAAAAGCCAAUGUAAAUGCAGUUGGAAACAGGGAUGAAACACCACUGAAUAUUGCAGUGGCACAUGAAUGUGAAGAUAUAGUGAAAAUUUUAAUUUCUCACGGUGCCAUUGUUAACCAUGGUAAUAAAAAAGAUAUGCUCUUGCAUAUGGCUGCUUUUAAUAAAAGCAUCAACUUGGUCAAACUUUUACUAGAGCAUAAUGCAGAUGUAUCUGUUGUAUAUAUGAAUGACAGAACAGCUUUACAUAUGGCAGCAGAACGAAAGUGUCCAGAGAUUGUUGAAAUGCUUUUGAUGAAAGGGGCUGAUGUAGAUGCCAAGACAGAUGAUGGUUUUACAGCUCUUCAUAUUUCAGUUGAAUACAAUGAUUUAGAAACAUGCAAAGUUUUGCUACAAAACAAGGCAAACAUUGAUCUUGAGGAUAAGAAAGGUAGGACGCCUUUAUGUUUUGCUGCUGAGCGAGGAUAUGUGAAAAUACUUCAACAAAUUCUUUCAUUCAAACCUGAUCUGCAAAAAAAUAAAUUGGCUCUUUAUUGUGCUGUCAAAGACAAUCAUACAAGUCACAAAACAAUAAUUUUAGAGUUGAUUGCUCAUGGGUAUUCUAUGGAUCUGUUAAAACUUUGGCCUGAAAUUUAUAUUGAUAUAUUUAUGCUAAAUGCAGUGAGAAAUGGACAUACAGGAAUUGUAGAGUACUUACUAAAACAUGGAUAUAAUGCUAAUAAACCAUUACAAACACAAGCAGUUGAAGAUGUUAACUAUGGGUCAUUGCUUCAUUUAGCAGUACGCAAAAGACAACUGCAAAAUGCUCAGUUAUUAAUUAAGUUUGGUAGUGAUAUCAACAUUGUUGAUAAAUCUGGUCAGAAACCAAUAUUUUAUGCAGUUGAAAAUAACUGUUUUCAAAUGACUAAGCUUCUUUUAGACAACAAAGCAGUUCUUGAUGAUUCGUGCGAGCUGUUAUUCAUGGCUGCUCGUGAAAACAAUUUUAGAUUGAUUAGAGAAAUCCUAAAGUAUUACAAAAAUGUAAAUAUACAAGACGAGUUUGGUACAACGGCGCUUCACUUUGCAGCCUGGCAUGGGAAUGAAGAAACUGUUCAACUUUUAUUUGAAAAUGGUGCAAAAUGUGCAAGUGUUGACCAAUCACGCCAAGUUUCUUUCAAUUCUGAAUUGUAUACUAAAAUACAAGUAAUAUACGGGGAAGAAGCAAUGGAAGAAUUUAAAAAAAACGUUUUAACCACUCCACUGCAUAUUGCUGCCCGUAAAAAUUGCAGUGAUAUUGCUGAAGCCAUAUUAGAAAGUGGUUUAAGUGUCAAUUGCAGAGAUGGUUGUGGCAGGACUCCUCUUCAUGUUGCUACUUUAUUCAAUAAUAUUGGACCCAUGCAUCUUUUUAUGGAAUUUAAUGCAGAUCUCUAUGCUAAAGACAAUGAUGGAUACACCUGUAUCGAUUAUGCAUGCAAUAAUAAUCAGUUUAUUGGGAAUAUGCAUAUGGAUAAGGUCUUUCCCUUUGUCAAUAAACUCAUACCUAUCAUUAAUACGAUUGACAAUUGCACGACAGCAUCAGAAUUACUGAUGAAAUAUUUAGCUGUGACACAUUUAAGAAAUGAAAAAUCUUGCGAAAAACCAUCAAGUUGUAGCAAAAAACUUGAAGAUUUAUAUGAUAACUGUGUGAGUGAAAUAGCAUUACUAAACAGUACAAAAAUUAUAAAUAGUAUUACUUUAGGUGAUGUUUUGAUAAGAAGCAUUGAUACUGUAACAUCAUAUUUAAAAAACGCAAAAUUUGUAAAAGCAUUUGAAUGUAUCAUGGAUGUAGAAACUUUUCCCUUGUAUGGAAUUAUUUUAAAGAAGAAAAUGAGAAGAGCUAAGGAAAGAAGAUUGUUGUUGGAUGAGGCUCAAAUUUAUUUUACGGACAUUUUAUGCUUGCUAGAACCUCCAGCAAAUAGAAUUAUGGAUUUUUUGAAUACCAGAGAUUUAGCAUGUAUUAAACAGGCUUAUGAAUCGUUUUAUAGUCAAUUAGGCUACAGAAAAUGUAAAGAAUCGUGAAUUCAAUGUGUACUAUAAUUAACAUAUUUGAUAAUCAGGCUGUAUUGUAAAUAUACAAAAACUAAAUUUCAAUUAAAUUUGUUAUUUGUCA